AUGAAAAUGUCCAUGGUCCACCCUGAAGAGGCAUCAAUUGAUCGAUUAACGUACUACCUACCACAUCGGGCUGAAUUGUUGCGCAACCUCCAGAAGCAAGUUGUACCUGCUGAGCGAGAAGAUGAUGAUUCUGAAGUAACAGCCAAGAAAACGGGUACAAAGAAGGGCAAGGAGCGUUUCAGCCAAUGUACACAGCAUAGUUGGAGCCAUACAGAAGGCUGAGCUACUGACUCAUGACACAAGCAGGCCGCUCAGCAACGUCUUCACGGGUAAACUAGCCACAGAAGGUCAACGAGCAGAUAUGUUGAACUUCUACACCACUGGCCAAGCAGAGCUGGAAGCCUAUGUCACAAGUCGCAUUAUGAAAGUUCCCACCUGUCUACCACCUCGCCGUCAACAGAAUUUGCGCACAUUCGCACCAGCCACAAAGCGUAAACGACCGACAAACCAGAAAGAGAAGGAUCACAAGUUGGUCACAAAUUGUCUUAAGCAACGACUUACAUGGAUCCAAACACAAAGGCAAGAAGCAAGUGAUGGUCUCGCUGAUCAACUAAUCCCAGUACCGAGAUCGCUCACUAGCGACGGGCUUAAACCUAGAACAGGCAGCAAAAGCACAGCAGCGAAGCAGUACCAAGACAGAUACAGUGAUGUCAUUGUGCCACAUUUACCAAGCAGCUUCGUAACCACAAACACAGCUGUCAUCAUUGACGCUAUGUUUAUCAUCAACACGUCGCCACUUGCUGUGCAUCAAGGGUUCGGUGACUAUGCCAAGUUUGUUUUGGAAAGAUGGGCGGCCCCAUGGUACAAACGCAGUGUCGGCAGUGUCCACUUCAUCUUCGACAAUGGAACAGCACUACCUGACAGUCCUAAAGCAAUUCUGCAGGACUCAAGGGAUGCAGCAGCCGGCGGAAAUGAUGUUGACCAUGACCACAUUGAGGAAAUCACCACUUCCACUACGCUCCCAAGAGCAUGGCGAAAGUUCCUUGGAUGUAGGCGGUGCAAGCGAGCACUGUGCUCAUUUAUUUCUCAAUAUUGCCUGGGAAAUGCUAGUGGAGUUAUGGCUACACCAAAUCAAUGUUUCGUCACGGCUGGAGCUCUUCCCAACCAAAUGGGUAACUUGGCAGUAGGAUGCAUCAAAUCCGCAACAACAUGCUUUGCAGUACGUGACCUUGAAUCAAAUGCAGAGGAAGCUGAUUACAGGAUAUGGCUGCAUGCCUCCAAGUUCGACAGCGUUCUUGUCUACAGCCCUGACACUGAUGUGUAUCAUAUUGGAAUGGCAUUGGAAUGGCUCAACACUGGUGAUCGCUCAGUAUUCGUGCAGUUGGAUAUGCCAGGGUCUAUGCAGCACAAGUACAUGAGCCUGACAAAGCUGGCUGGCAACAUCAGAAAUGACCCAGAUUUGUCUCAGGUUCCCGAGGAUGUACGCGUUGCCGCCGUGCAGGCACUGUUUGUUUGUAGUGGCUGUGAUUUUGUCUCCUUUUUUGCUGGCCUUGGCAAAUGCUCCUUCUACAAGGCAUUCUUCCAGUUCGCCACAUUCAUAACUGGUGGAGUUGAACCAGGGUUGUUGGCUGAAAACAACGAAGACAGCUUCUUCGCAUUUGUACGUCUAGUUGGCACAACGUACUAUCAAAAGCACAAGGCUGCAUUUGAUGCUAACGGCCCAUACGCACUGUACAAACAGUUCGGCAGCCAGGAAAAAAUGAAGCAGCACGAGGCAUGGCUGAAUGCAAUUAGGGAUGCAGUGUGGCAGCGUACGGAUACAGAGGACGACUGCCUUCCAUCCACAACUGCCUUAAACUUACACUGGAAGCGCUCGCAAUGGGUACUGAAAGUUUGGAAGCAGGCACCAACGUCAAGCAUUGUGUACCCUCGCCUGGAAGACCAUGGUUGGCUGCUGCGUGAAGGAGUAGUAUCGGUGCAGUGGGACACUGAGGAGCACAUGGCUGCUGUUCAUCACCGUGUGGCCACAUUGACCAAAGGCUGCCACUGCAAAUUUGGCUGCAACACACGGAGAUGCAAAUGCAGGAAGGCAAAUGGGUUGUGUGGCCCAGGUUGCAAGUGUCACAACUGCCAGAACAUGCCAAGCGCCACCACCUCCAGCAAUUGAGCUACGUGUCCGGCCUCAUUUCUCGGUGUUGACCUGAAGGAGCUGCACGAUUUGAUCAACCGCAAGCAAUGUUAGUGGACAGAAAUGCACGUACAUGUAUGUAUGUACAACUUUAAACCCACACACACACGUAACUACAUAUUGUAACUGUUUUCCAAGUGCGUUUUGAUGGUUUCUGAGAGCUGAGGUAUUUCAGAACAGUUCACAAAUGCACUACAAUAGUUCAGACACCAGAACUGAAUACGUUUUAUCACUUUGUAUACUUUUAGUGGCUGCUGGAAUACUCGUUUUCCACAUGACAACAAUAUGUAUAAAAAUUAUCGAAAUGAUAUACAAAGUCUUUCAAUUAGUGCCAUCGGCUUAGCCGUGCUGGUAUGCUCAGACUAUUUCUAUCACAGGGCACACAAUUAUGUACUUACUGAGGUU